AUGAACACAGACAGCCAGGAGCACCACGAUAACAUACGCGUUCUUCAGUAUGAGCUCUAUCACAUGAGCAUCUCAGCAUUGGCAUCUGAAGUUGCCGGAGGUGGAUCAUCACAGCAUUCUCCAAUACUCCUGAACCCACUACAGGCAUCGCAUGGUGACGAACCCCCACCGCUCUGUUCGUGUGGCCUGGACGUUUGUGCUUGCCAUACUCUCUCUGAGGCUGGCCAUAUGACAACCAGGACACUUCGACCUCGGUCACCUUUGCCAGUAUGCUCAUGUCACAAUCAGGAGGUAGCAGUCACCUGUCCAAAAUGGUUACCGAUGGCACAACUAAUCCUACGGCAGAUUCGUAAUGAAGUUCGGUUCACGACCACGCUCUCGGUCAUUAUGUUGGUCAUCCAACAACUGCAAAGCAGCACACCCUAUGGGGCCAUCCCAUCUGAAGUGCAAGUCCGAGUGCGACAAAUGAUCGAUCUCAGUGAAGCAGAAUACAGGCUUGGAGUGUGCUGGUUGCUCGAGGAAUCACAUGUGAUGUCACCAUUGGAUGAUGGACGACUGAUGCUUGUGAUGCAGCGAGAUGUAUCCAAUAUUUACACAGGUGGCAAAGUAUAUGGGAGGGUUACAUCCGUGGAGGGCCCACUACCUCAUGCGAAUCAGGCUCAGGCUGCGCGCUGA